UGUGGAUAUAGUCCAUAUUCCCGGCCGCCGCCCCUUUGGUCAGAAUCUGGUCACCAUCUACAUCGAUGGAGAACAGCGCAAGACAGCCCAGCUCCGAUUCCCCUCGCUCAAUGAGCCUUUCACCUCCUGUUGUAUUGGCUCAGCAGGCCACCGUACCACCACCACCACCACCUCCCCCACCCUGCCUCCUCCCUCCCUCCACCCAGCAGAGAUGGGCUUCCCCACCCACGCUCCCCCCAUCACCCGCUCCCAGUCCUUCCCAGCCUCCUUUGCGGCAGGCCGCUGGGGGCCUGGGCCCCUGCGUGACGCUCCCGUCCACACCAUCCCCGCCGGGCUGCAGGAUACGGAGUGGGGCACGCCCACCUCACUGGACGGGCUCCUGGGGACCGCCUUCAUCUGUCAUGAGGCCCUGCAGCCAGCGCACACCAAGGCCCUAUACACUGCUGGCCCCAACCAUGUGUCCCUGUUCAAGGCAGAUGGAGAGCUGUCGGACCUCAACAGUAAACUGCUUCUCUACUACACUCCUCAGGCCUUCAAGAGUCAGAUCUGUGUGGACCUGUCCCCAACCACCAGUAUGAUGGCAGACUGACAGGCCACAGGGUGGUGAACUGGGACA